CCGGCUGGUUCCACAAGUUUUUGACAGUUUCUUAGCGGCCGAGGGAGAAGCUGAGUGCUGCGGUGUGGCUUCGCUUGGCUGCGGCCGAGGUGCUCUCCGGAGUACGAAUUUCUUCCCACUUGGCCCCCUCCCCGCCGGCACCAUGUCUCGGGACCCCGAGGAGGUGAACAAGCUGACGGAGAGCACUUACAAAAAUGUCAUGGAACAGUUCAAUCCAGGGCUGAGGAAUUUAAUAAAUCUGGGGAAGAAUUAUGAAAAAGCUGUUAAUGCUAUGGUAGUGGCUGGAAGAGCAUAUUAUGAUAGCCUUGCAAAGAUUGGGGAUAUAUCAGCUGAUUCUCCAGUUUCUAAAGAAUUGGGCCAAGUUCUCAUAGAAAUCUCAAGAACACACAAGAAACUUAAUGACAGUCUAGAGGAGAGUUUCAAAAAAUUUCAUAAAGAAAUUAUAUCUGAGCUGGAGAAGAAAACAGACCUGGAUGUGAAAUACAUGACUGCAACUUUGAAGAGGUACCAAACUGAACACAGAAGCAAAUUGGAUUCUUUGGAGAAGUCACAGGCUGAGCUGAAAAAAAUCCGAAGGAAAAGCCAAGGAGCACGCAACGUAAUGAAAUACGAGCACAAAGAGAUGGAGUAUUUGGAAACUGUGACCUCUCGACAGAGUGACAUCCAGAGAUUUAUUGCAGAAGGCUGCAGAGAAGCCCUCCUUGAAGAGAAGAGAAGAUUCUGUUUUCUGGUUGACAAGCACUGCAACUUUACUCAGCACAUGCACUUCUAUCAUGUUCAGUGUGCAGACUUCCUAAAAUCCAAGCUGCCUGGGUGGCAGGAAAUCUGUAGCGAUGCCACCAAAGUGCCUGAAAAAGUCAGAAUGAUGAUAGACGAGAUAAGGACACCUGGUUCCACUCCAGUAUCAGGAACUCCACAGCCUUCACCAAUGAUAGAGAGAAAUACCCUGUUUGGAAGUGAUUUUUAUCCUCAUCAUGAAAAUGCAUCCAAGGUGCCCCCAGCUCCUGCUGGCAGGGCCUACACCAGUCCACUCGUUGAUAUGUUUAACAAUCCCACAACAGCUCCCAAGGCAUCUUCUGAAAAACUCAGCAAUUCAGCAGAGAAUUCGGAUGAUGCCAGUCUAUCACGCUCAACUUCCGUUGCCACAGGACUAAAUAUAAUGAAAAGGCAAAAAGUAAAGACGAUCUUCCCACAUACUGCUGGAAGUAACAAGACGUUGCUCAGCUUUGCACAGGGGGAUAUCAUCACACUUCUUGUAGCUGAAGAAAAGGACGGCUGGCUUUAUGGGGAACACGACUCAACUAAAGUAAAAGGAUGGUUCCCAUCAUCAUACACUAGACCACUAGAAGAUUCAGCAGAAGAAAAAGCAUUUGUUCCAGCACCAAGCCCUGCACCAAUCCGAAGUAUCAGUUCUGUAAACCUUGUGGACAAAGGUGAUGUUGUCCUCCCACCACCAGACUAUCUGGGGUCUGUGCAAACAGAGAAGAGAAUGGAGUCUCCCAAAGGUACUGUCAGAACACCAACCGACAGAGCAGAAAAUGCAGGCCCGAAGCCUGAUAUGAAUGGCAUUAUAAAACCACCUUUUCUAAGUGGAGAAAAUCCUUUUGCAACUGUGAAGCUCAGACCAACAGUAACAAACGACAGAUCAGCACCAAUUAUUCGAUGAACGCACGGGCCAUACAUAUACUUCCUCCUCAAACACCAGUUUCAGCAACAGCAAUUACUAUCUAAAGUCAUUCUGAGAAUUUAUUUAAAUGUAAUUACUGUACAAUAGAAUCAUACUGGAAUGGAUUAUUAUUUUUUUUUCCCCUAAUGUGGUAACUGCUUUGGGCUACUGUUUGAGCACUAGGGCUUGAUUUUACAAGAUGCCUUUUUCUGUAGUAGGAACUACUAGAGAUAGCUUGUACACUCUAGUAAAGCCAUGUAACUAAUAGCUCACAAAUCUGAAUCUUUGGCAUUCCUUGUGUGGAAGCUGCAGUGGUAAGCUCUGUAAGCCUACAUAUGCCAUGCACCAAAUAAGAAAAAGAUUACUUUUUUUUUUCCCCUCCAAACAAAACAGUGUAACAUCUGCCUUAUUCCAGAAUAGAGAAUUGCCUGUAUAAAGUGAUUAUACAUUAUUUUGUUCAAGAGAGACAAUCUAGGUUAUAAAUAAAUAUUUAUCCUUUAAGAAUAGACAAUUUGUAAUGCUUUGCUUAAUGUUCAGAAACAAAUUUCCAAGUGUUAACAUAAACCUAUCUUAAGUCUGAUGUACUGUCAACACAUCCUGCAGUAACUUUUUCUUUAAAACAUGUUGUCAAAAUCCAGUC